AUUAGUCCUUCCUGGAACAUUAUACCGAGGAUGUGUUGCUAUAAUGGCGUCUUGAUCAGUUUGUUGCAAUCAAUCCUGUAAUGCUGCAGAUCCUUGCUGCCAACUUCCUGGCCCAGACCGAGGCUCUGAUGAAGGGGAAAACGUCAGAGGAAGCUCAGAAGGAGCUGGUGGCCAGUGGUUUGUCGGGCGCCACUCUGGAGAAUCUUCUUCCUCACAAAGUGUUUGAAGGGAACAAGCCAAGCGACUCCAUUGUCUUCAAGAAGCUGACUCCCUUCACGCUGGGAGCUCUAAUCGGACUUGACAAAAAGUGUCCACAAUCAACCACAAUCAAGUAUGUCACCAACUGAAUGUGGUCCUAGUCCGACAUGCUGACAUCAAGAAUGUUCUUCACACACCAUCUGCGAUACGGACCACUCCUGGUCGUGCUGCAGGAUUGGGGUGCAACCAAAAAAACGACAAAGCUCAAGAUGUUUCACCCAGCCCUCAUGGAGUAGUUUACUUAGAGUUUUGAGAGGGAAUAUUUCCCGUCGUGAAACCUGGUGACACUGCCAUAAAGAACAUGGCACAACCACAUACACCGCACCACUUGGGCUACCUUUGGGAAGAAGUCCUUAAGAAUGGAUUAGAUGUAUAUAGGGGCAGCACGAUGGGAGAGGGGUUAGUGCAUCUGCCUCACAAUACGAAGGUCCUGAGUAGUCUUGGGUUCAAUCCCGGGCUCGGGAUCUUUCUGUGUGGAGUUUGCAUGUUCUCCCCGUGACUGCGUGGGUUCCCUCCGAGUACUCCGGCUUCCUCCCACCUCCAAAGACAUGC